AACUUCAGUGCGUACGUACACAUGAAUAAUCAGCUGAUUGGUUAUUUUUACGAGCUUCGGACGAUACGAAAAUAAAUUGUUUGCGACUUGGACCGUCGUCCUAUCGGAACAAUAUGAAUCGUUGAUAUUUGGACGAAAAUAGAGUUAUCAAAUUCGCUGUGGAGAAAAGGGUCGAUCGUGCAUUCUAUCUAUGGAUACGUUUCCGAGAAACUGCGAUUCAGUAAUUACAGUAAAGCUGACGUAAAUGGAAAACAGUAAGCACCCUUUGUGAGGAACAACAAAUAUUGGAAGAUGUCGUCGUCCCCGGAAAGCAUUGCUUUGAAGCAGCCUAUUAGGCGACUGGAGAUCCAAAUUAAUAAUUUCAAUGUCGCUAUACCACACCACGUUGAUUUGUUAAAGAGGCACAAAAGUAAUAUUCAGAAAUAUCAAGCGCAACAUGAAUGGGAUAAAAUGCACAAGGAAAAUGUAAAUGUAUCGCGAAUAGUAAAGCAACUCAAGGAGUUGUUGUAUCAAAUGGAUACUCUUCGGGCCCAAGUUCUUGAUUCUGAUAUUAAUCAAUUUGAUAAACUGACUGCUAAUGCUCGUGCAAGUAUUAUGGAUGCAAUUAAAGAUUACUUAGAGCUUGAAUUAUAUUUACCCAUAUCACGGCCACAGUCACCCGAAGAUGAAGAUCAGCCCAAAAGUCACCCACUUGACAAUCGAUAUAUGCAGGUGCAAGAAGAACAGCAAGAGUUGCAGCGUCAGCAGGCAUGUCUGCAUGCCUGGAACAAUCUACAGGAAGACAUACAUCAGCUGCAGGAACUCUUUAUUGAGUUCAAUAAAAUUGUAGAUGAUCAAAAGGAAUUGGUAAAUAUAGCAGAAGAUAAUAUUGAACUGACAAGCAUAAAUGUCACAAAAGGUGAACAGUUCCUUUCAAAAGCUGCAAGGUACAAAGUUGCUGCAUACCCCUUAGCAGGAGCUUUAAUUGGUACUUGUGUUGGUGGACCUAUUGGUCUAAUAGCGGGACUAAAAGUUGGUGGACUUACGGCAAUAGGUUGUGGUAUUUUAGGAUUUACUGGAGCAUCAUUUCUUAAGAAAAAGGAAAUAGAAUUACAAAAUUCAAGAAACCCCACACAGCAUAGAUUGACAGAACAAAAAUCUAUACAAAAAUCAACAUCCUUGCCUGAAAGCUCGACUGAAAGCAAGAAAGAAUUGUGACCCAUGCAGAAAUGCAAUAUUGGCAUAAAAAAGAAGAAUGCUUGUAGUUUUAUAUAAUUCUAAAGGAAUGACAAAUUAAUGUAUAUCUUCUACAUUAACGUAUAUCUUUCCCAAUUUUGUAAAUAAAACUUUAGCGGAGGA